AUGCUUGCUGGUCAACUCUCGCUCCUUCAGAAGUUUAUCGUCGACAUCCUUGUAACAUUACCCGGUCAAUAUCUCGUCACCGGUGCUGCAGGCUCAGGCAAGUCGAACAUUCUGAUGGCUCUGGUGGAUAAACUCCGGAGCGAAGCCGAUCGUGAUCGCUCUGUUGAUCACGCUGACCAGAUCGAGCUCACUCCUGUUGCCAAACGUAAAUGGGACUUCGUCAACUCUGAUGUUGAGAAUAUCAUUAAAAUUGGCGAUUGA